AUGUUCAGUAAAAAACCAUCUGUCACAGAACAGGCAAAAGCUCACAGUCGAGAAUUAAGAACGACUGAUCGAGACUUGAUACGUGAUCGACGUAAAAUUGAAGCUGAAGAGCAACGAUUAAUGAAUGAAAUUCGAAAGGCUGCAACAACUAAUAAUAAAAAAGCAGUAGAAAUUCUGGCGAAACAACUUGUUAAAGUUCGUAAUCAAAAAGACAAAUCACUUCAAGCAUCUGGUCAGAUUCAAAGUUUAGCCUCACAAAGUACAAUGAUGGCAUCAAAUGUUCGAAUGGCUGGCGCAAUGGAAACAACUGCAAAAACCAUGAGUAAAAUGAAUAAAGUUAUGAAUCCAGAGCAAAUGUCAAAAAUUUCGCAACAAUUUGUUCAAGAACAUACAAAAUUUGCUAUUACAGAUGAUAUGAUUGGUGAAUCACUUGAAGCAGCCCUUGGACAGGAAGGUGAUUCGGAAGAAGAAGAUGCCAUUGUUAACCAAGUACUUGAUGAAAUUGGCAUAUCACUUAAUGACAAAAUCGCUAAUGCGCCACAUGUACCAGCAGCAGCAUCUAGUGUUGCAGCUAGUCGAAAACAAGCGAACGAUGAAGAUGCUGAAAUCGAAAGAAUGUUAGCAAAUCUUAGGUCAUAA